UUCCGGGGACGCGGGAGUGAGGCCUUCCUCUGCCGACAUGCACCGACAGAACUUCCGACCCCCGACUCCUCCUUACCCCGGCCUGGGGGUAGGAGGUUGGAGCAGCAGGAGCAGCUACCGGGGUACCCGGGGCGGAGGCGGGCUGCGGCCUCCCUCCCCUCGGGACCGGUACUACGGGAGCCCGCAUCCCACGCCGUUCGGGCCCCGGUGUAGGCCCUAUGGGAGCAGCCACUCUCGGCGACAGGGCGGCAGCUUCCCGGGGGGCUGGUUCGGGCCGCUGUCCCCUGGCAGCUACCCCGGCUCCUACUCCAGGUCCCCCGCGGGGUCCCAGCAGCAAUUCGGCUACUCCCCAGGGCAGCAGGCCCACCCCCAGAGUUCUCCAAGGACAUCUACACCUUUUGGAUCAGGGUGCGGUAGAGAAAAAAGAAUGUCUAAUGAGUUGGAAAGUUAUUUCAAACCUUCAAUGCUUGAAGACCCUUGGGCUGGCCUAGAACCAGUGUCUGUAGUGGAUAUAAGCCAACAAUACAGCAAUACUCAAACAUUCACAGGCAAAAAAGAAGAUACUUUUGUUAACAUUUCUGAAAUUCAACUGGAAGCUUCAUGUGUCAGGAACAUCUUGGACAUAACUCACUUGUGUACCUAAGUUGAACCCUGACAUGGUGACUUUGACUGAAUAAUUAGUUGAGUCUUCUUGGUAUUUUUCAUCAUGUCAAAUAUUGUUGGUAUUAGAAAAGAAAUAUGGUAGGAUAAUUUGCAAUAUUUCUCUGAAAGUGCCUACCACAUUUUAGAAGAUUUACAGUUUCCAACUAUUUAACAUUCUUGGUUAUAUAAUGGACAUUUGUCUUUUAAUGUUUUUCCAGUGUUUUAAAAUAAAACAUUUUGUCUUCCUAAAAAAAAAAAAA